AUGCAAGUAGAACCGUAUAUAAAUUCUGUGGUGAAGACACUAGAUAACAACACUCUAAUAAAUGCAAAGCUAAAGAGAAGGAAAUACCAGAACAUCAAUUAUGAUAAUGAUGGACUCACAGUUAAGUAUACUCCGAACUAAGAAAUUCACGAACUUGCUUGCUUGUAAACAGAUUAAGCCAUCACUUCUUCGUUAUAUUAUUUCGAGGUUAAAAUCCUGAAAAAAAUAAACAACAAGAAUGCGAUAUCUAUAGGGUUGGCAUUUGAUAAGUAUCAAAUGAACAUGCCUUUGGGAGUCUUUAGUGGGAGCAUAGGAUACUACUCAGAUGGAAAGGUAAUUGUUCAAAAAAAGGAGAUUGAUUUAAAAAUGAAUCCGUACAAACAAGAUGAUAUUGUAGGAUGUGGAAUUCAUAAAUCAGUAGUUUUCUUUACUCACAAUGGAAUUCGAAGUUUGCAAACAGUCAAAAUUGAUUUUAAAGAACCCUUAUACCCAACUGUAGUUUGCGGAGAUCUUGUAGUUUUGCAAUUCAACUUAGGAGCAAGUCCUAUGAUGUAUGAUUACAAGAAGAUGUAAUUGAAGGAGAAGCAGGAAAUAAUCUAGUAGAUAGAUAAAUAAGAUGUUUCACCUUAUAGUCUUCAUCUCAUGAUAUAAGAAUACCUGUGGAGCCAAGGUUACAUGAAUUCUUUGAAGCAAUUUGAGAGAGAAAGCUCUCUUGAGGAAAACCAGAGUAUGAGAAUUGAAAAAAAUACAGAGGAAAUGGCAUAUGAAGAAGAAUAGUAAUUAGAAGGGGAUUUAAAGAGAAAGUAAAGUCUGCAAAUGACGCCGAUGUCUGCUUUGCAAAGAAAAUUAAGUGGAUUGCAGAGUCCUAAUUUUUAAUAAAUUUCAUCGAUUGAGAGGAAAGUUAGUGGAUUUUAGUUAGAUGAGUAGGAAAACAACAAUGAACUUAAUUAAAUAGCAGAAUAGGCUUUUAUGAAAGAUGAGCUAGUUAAUUAAGAAAGAAUAAAAAUCCAGAAACUCAUUCGAGAAGGCAUGAUAGAUGAUGUUAUUGUUAUUCUAAAUGAAAUGAUGCCUGAGUUUUUAAAAAAGGAAGGGAUCGAACAAACACUCUAUGCCUAAUGGUUUAUUGAAUUAAUAAAAAGGGACAAAAUCUUAGAAGUUAUAGAGUUGGGACGACAGCAUUUGAGCCAGUAUUUACAUUUCCAAGUUGAAAGUGUGGAUAAGAAUUUGAACCCCAUCAAAAUAAAAAUAGAAAGCAUAUUGGGAUUGAUAUGUUAUGAUGACAUAGGGAGUAGUGAUUUGAGAGGACUUGUUAGUUAAUAAUAAAGAGAAAGGGUUUGUGAGUACAUCAACAGAAUGUUGCUAAUUGAAUUGGGAUAUGAAGAUGAAUCGGCUCUGGAGAUAUGUCUCAAAUAAUUAACUUAGGUUUGUGAUUAAAUUUAGUAAAGAGGUUUGCUUGGUGGUUAGAGUGUCUAGUUUUUAUGA